AUAAACACAAAAGACACAUUCCAUAUCUCAACAUGUAUAAUUUAAUUAAUAUUUUUAAUAAUUAAUGAUUUGUAAUAUAUUCAACAUGGAAAUUAUUAUAGUUCGAUAUUUUUCAAUAGUUGUUUUAACUUUUCUUAGCAUAAAGUCUUAUGUUUUAUCUUUAACUGCUUCGGAUAAAAUAAUUUCAUACGGAUAUCCUCUCGAAAUAUACCAAGCCAAAACAGAAGACGAUGCUUUACUCGGAAUAGAAAGAAUACCUCAUGGUAAACAAUUUAAUGGAACUAUUGGAAGGCCAGUAAUUCUCAUGGAUCCUUUUGUAACUAGUUCAUUAGUUUAUGUUAUCAAUAAUGUUUCCAUUGCUUUCAGUUUGGCUGAUGCCGGUUUUGAUGUUUGGAUGCCCAAUUAUAGAGGUAUGGGCUUAUCUAAACAUGUCAAAGAUCCAAAAACAGGAAAAGUACGUAAACUAUCUCAAAUGAAUUGGAACUUCAGUAUCCAUGAUCUUGGAAUUUACGAUUUUCCAACGUCUAUUGAUUUUGUCUUGAAUCACACAAAUUAUUCCAAAGUAGACGUAUUGGGAGUUUCUUUAGGACCAACUAUAAUACUAAUUGGUUUAGCAGAAAAACCCGAAUACAAUAAAAAAAUCCGUAAUAACAUCAUGAUAGCACCUGCUGCGAAAUUGUCUAACGUAAUGCAUUAUAAAAUUUAUGAAAAAUAUGUACUUUUUCCUUUGGCAAUUAAAAUUCUAGAGAGAUUUAACUACCUAGUCCCCGUUCCAGAUACAGAUAAUAAUAUCCUAGGAUACUUUUGUAAAAGUAUUUUUUAUCGCCAUCUGUGUGUCAUCACUAUGAAUUAUAUCCAAGGAUCGAAUACUCCAUUGGAUUAUAAAGUUGUUGCGGAUUUCGAGAGAACUUUUCCCCAACCUGCAUCUUCAAAAUACUAUAUUCACCUCUUACAACUAUUGAUAUCAGGCCGUUUUCAAAAUUUCGACUAUGGACCAGUUGGAAAUAUGAAACAUUACAACUCCAAAACUGCUCCUGAAUAUAAUCUUAAAAAAGUAACGGCACCUUCAAUUAUUAUUUACUCGAAGAAUGAUGCAGCCACAGUACCUUUGGAUGUAAAAUGGUUGCUUGAUAAUAUGCCUAACGUCAAAGACUCUUAUUUCAUAAAAAAUAGUUCAUUCAGUCAUCAGGGGCUUAUAGUUGGUAAAAAAGUACAUACUGUUGUAUAUCCUUAUAUAAUAAAAAAAUUAAAGGAAGAUGAUUAAAAAUUGUUUUAUGAAUGUACAAAUUCUUUUAAAAUAAUAAAUAAAUUUAAUCAUUAA